AUGGCGACUCAAGAUCCACACGUCAUCUCACAGCUUGUGAAUACCCUGGAGACCUCUUGCAAGGCCAAAAAGAGCGAGACAAAGUACACCUGCAAAAAAAGCACCUUUGCCCUGGCCAAUAAUGUGACCGUGGACUCUUGGAAGUUUCAUGACUGGGACUACAAGCAUGCCGGUCUACCAACAUAUGCACGGGGUCUUUUCACCACUAAACGGAAAGACAACGUUCCUGAAAUCGUGGCGCGUGGAUACGACAAGUUCUUCAACAUAGGCGAGGUAAAGGCCACGGAAUGGCACAAGAUCGAGAAAAACACAAAGGGUCCCUAUGAGCUGAGCGUGAAAGAGAAUGGAUGCAUUAUUUUCAUCUCGGCUUUGGAGGACGACAAAUUGCUGGUCUGCAGCAAACACUCGACUGGACCCCGCGAAGAUACAUUAGUUACCCACGCACAGGCAGGAGAACGCUGGGCGGAACGCCAUGUCUCGUCCGUGAAUCGACAUGUUAAAGACCUGGCCCGAAAGCUGCGCGAGAUGAAUGUCACAGCCGUUGGAGAACUCUGUGAUGACAGUUUUGAGGAGCAUGUCCUGGCCUACGACGAAGCUUCUUCAGGCAUUUACCUUCACGGUCUCAACUAUAACCAGCCUGACUUUAAGACGAUGUCGUGUGAAGAUGUGCACAAAUUUGCUGACGACUGGGGUUUCAAGAAGGCCAAGUUCGAGGUCUUCGAUGACAUUUUCAGAGUGCGGGGUUUCCUGGAAGGAUGCGCGGAGACAGGAAUGUGGGAUGGACGUGAGACCGAGGGCUUCGUCAUCCGAUGCCAGCUGAGUGACAACGGCACCGAGCCCUACCGGAAUUGGUUCUUCAAGUACAAGUUCGACGAGCCGUACUUGAUGUACCGCCAGUGGCGUGAAUGCACCAAAGCCGUCAUCGGAGGGAAACACCCCAAGAUCAGGAAGCAUGAGCAGAUCACCGAAGAAUACUUGCAGUUUGCUCGGCGGGCUCUGAUGAAGAACCCUCACAUGGCAGAAGAGUAUAUGAAAAACCACGGUAUUAUCGCUUUGCGGGAGCAGUUCCUCAAGGAACGAGGCUUGAAUGGAGCCGAGAUUAUCGCUCUAGAGGCUGAAAAGCAGAGCGAUCCGCGGGAGACCAACAAAAAUGUUAUCCUUGAACCGAUUGCCUCGCUGGGAUGUGGUAAGACGACAGUCGCCUUGGCUUUGGUUAAACUCUUCGGAUGGGGACAUGUUCAGAACGACAACAUUCCUAAACAGAGGAACAAGCCAAAGAGGUUCGCCUUCGACGUCAGCCAUGCUCUAGGAGAGCACAGUGCCGUUAUCGCCGAUCGCAACAACCAUCAACGGCGCGAACGUAAGCAGCUCAUGGACGAUAUCUACCCCGUAAUUCCGGAUGCGAAGUUCGUCGCUCUGCAUUACGUCCACGAGCCCAAGGCAGACAUGCUCCCCGCCAUCCGAGAAGUCACUCAAAAGCGUGUGCUAGAGCGUGGCGACAACCACCAAUCCAUCCGGGCUGGCACCAACGUCCAGUCAGAGACUGUCGGAAUCAUGGAGGGAUUCCUCGACCGCUUCGAAAGCGUCGACACCACACGCUUGCCAGAUGAGAACUUCGAUCACGUCAUUAACCUCGACGUGUGCGCCUCGUCUCGUGAGAACCUCGAGACAGUUGUCAAAGCCCUCCACGCCGCCUACCCCCGCCUAGUGUCAACCAUGCCAACGGCAGCAGAUCUCGACCAAGCCAUCGACACGGCCCUAAAUGACUACAAGGUGACAAAGGAUCUCAGUCACAGCUACGGGUCCGCACAAAGGACGAGAGUUAAAAAGCCCAAAAACAAAGACAACAACGCUCUCAUCGCCGAACUAACGGACUCUCCCUUCUUACCACAAGCCCUCGCUAAAAAGAUUGAAUACUUCAACAUCUCCCUCCCAACAAAUGAGGUCACCUCACUCCUCCGCUCCCUCUUUCCGCCAACCACAUCCCCUGAAACAGCCCGUCUCUACAACCAACUCAUAAACUCCCGCCGCCUCCAGCCAACCUUCCACGUAACCCUCAUCCACCGCGCCUCGAAGAAGGACAAUCCAGAGAUCUGGGACCAGCUAUCCACUCGCUACAUCGACACCCAGACCAAAAACCCCGUCGAAGACCCAAUCCAGUACACGCCGACUCUAGGCUCUGCGCGCGUGCGCAUCGAGCGCCUUAUCUGGGAUAACCGCAUCAUGGCCUUUGUUGCGCGUAUCCUGCCUGCUGAGGGUGUCGAGUCGGUCGAGUCUGAGUGGCCGUGCGCGAACCCUAUCCCGCAUAUCACGGUUGGCACCGCGGCGCCGGAUGUUAAGCCGAAGGAGAGUAAUGAUUUGCUGAAGCGGUGGGUUGAGAUUGGCUCUGGAGGCGAUACGGGGAUUUACGAGACGGAGGUUGAAGGUGUUAAGGUUGUUGAUGGUGUUGUUGGCUUGGUUAUGAGCCGGGGAAAGUAUUGA